AGAAGACUCGGUUCUCCAAAAUUACCAAGUUCAAAUCCUCUCCUCUACGGUCCACUGCACUCUCACAGCAGCAUAUUGAAUAUCCAUCUCAGAGACGGAGCCUGGAGCUUGAAGCCUGAGCUGCUUCAACUAUCUGAAUUUCUGAACUCAUCCAUUCGUCAGCGCUGCUAGAAUUAAAAUUGUUUAAUGGAAAGUGGAGGGAACUCCCUUCCGUCAGGGCCAGAUGGUGUGAAGAGAAAGGUUUCAUAUUUCUAUGAUCCAGAGGUUGGAAACUAUUAUUAUGGGCAGGGGCACCCAAUGAAACCACAUAGAAUUCGAAUGACGCAUGCUCUUUUAGCCCACUAUGGAUUGCUUCAACACAUGCAGGUUCUGAAGCCUACUGCUGCCAAAGAUAGGGACCUCUGCAAGUUCCAUGCUGAUGAUUAUGUGGCCUUUUUGAGAGGCAUCACCCCUGAAACACAGCAAGAUCAAUUAAGACAAUUGAAGAGGUUUAAUGUUGGUGAAGACUGCCCUGUAUUUGAUGGUCUUUACUCUUUCUGCCAGACAUAUGCAGGAGGCUCUGUUGGUGGUGCUCUAAAAUUGAACCAUGGAGUAUGCGAUAUUGCAAUAAAUUGGGCUGGUGGUCUGCAUCAUGCAAAGAAGUGUGAGGCUUCUGGGUUUUGCUAUGUUAAUGACAUUGUGCUGGCUAUUUUGGAACUUCUCAAAAUACAUGAGCGUGUUCUAUACGUGGACAUUGAUAUCCAUCAUGGUGAUGGUGUAGAGGAGGCCUUUUACACCACUGAUAGGGUCAUGACUGUUUCAUUUCACAAGUUCGGUGAUUACUUUCCUGGAACAGGUGAUAUUCGUGAUACUGGAUAUGGUAAAGGGAAAUAUUAUUCACUUAAUGUUCCCUUGGAUGAUGGAAUCGAUGAUGAUAGCUAUCAGUCCUUGUUUAAGCCAAUAAUGGGAAAGGUUAUGGAAAUUUUUAGGCCUGGUGCUGUUGUAUUACAAUGUGGUGCUGACUCUUUAUCUGGAGACAGAUUAGGUUGUUUCAAUCUUUCCAUAAAAGGGCAUGCUGAGUGUGUCAGAUAUAUGAGAUCUUUUAAUGUUCCCCUUCUAUUGCUUGGGGGAGGUGGCUAUACAAUAAGAAAUGUGGCACGCUGCUGGUGUUACGAGACUAGCGUUGCUCUUGGGAUUGAACUAGACGAUAAGAUGCCUCAACAUGAGUAUUAUGAAUAUUUUGGUCCUGAUUACACUCUUCAUGUUGCUCCAAGUAACAUGGAAAACAAGAACUCUCGCCAUUUAUUGGAUGAAAUAAGAGCAAAACUUCUUGAUAAUUUAUCUAGGCUUCAACAUGCACCAAGUGUCCCAUUCCAGGAGCGACCACCUGAUUCAGAGCUACAAGAGAGAGAUGAGAAUCAAGACGAUAGAGAUGAAAGAUGGGAUCCAGAUUCUGAUAUGGAGGUUGAUGAUGACAGCAAACCUCGCAGAAGGGUGAAAAGUGAACGUGUUGAAGCUGAGCAUAAAGAUGCAGAAAGUUAUCAUAAACAUCUGGACUGUGGAAGAGAUUUUCUCACGCCUUUCAAGGAGAUUGCAUGCUCCAAGGUGUCGGCGGGGGACUCAAUGGCAGUGGAUGAACCAUGCAUCAAAGAGGAGCAGGAUAAUUUAAAAGAGCUUUCUGAUCACAGGUCAAGAUGAAGCACUAGUAGGAAUUGGUCAACCCUUCUCCCCCACUAGUGUAUGUUGACCUGUAAAGUAAAUUAUAGUUUCCUCUUACGGCAGUUUGGUUCAUUCACGUGAUGUCUCUGUAGUGUUUCAAAUUUUUGGUUUAUCUGGAAACUGAAGAGAUAUAAUGCAAACUUUGCCUUGGCUUUUGAUGUCUAAUAUUACUACAAGAUAAAGCUCUGUUGCCACAA